AUGCCUUUCAACUCGAUAUUCGAUUCGGUCUUCACGGAGGGUUGCGACUUGCACUAUUGGUAUCAAGGAACAGGACCACUGCUUGUUUUGAUCCCCGGAGGAGGUGGGAUAGGGCGUCAAUUCAACCCCUUGUUCGAACAUCUAGACAACAAAUUCACCGUCUGCACAUAUGACAGGCGACAGACAAACUCCAGCACGGUCACCAAACACAAGCUGCUCAACCCGGCACAGCAAGCACGCGAUGUGAUCGCCAUCUGCAAGUCUCUAGGCCGAGAGAAAACGUCGAUAUUUGCAAAUAGCGGGGGUGGAAUCAUCGCAUUUCAGUUCGCCGUCAGCUACCCCGAGUUCCUUGAUCGCGUGAUCGUCCAUGAAGCGCCCACGACUAUCCUCCUCGAUGACGCGACAUAUCAUCUAGACAGGGCAUUUAUGCUGCUUGAUGUUUAUCGGGCGCACGGUGUCGAAGCUGCCUGGGAAGCAUUCCGCACGGAAAUGAAGGGCUUUGAGGGCAGCCCCCCACUUUCGGUGCCAUCUCAAGAGGAUGGCAAAAACUUUUGGGAGAAUGAGUUUCUGCAGUUCACUAUCUACUGUCCAGACCUCAAGAAGAUUCUUGAUAAUAACGUCUCUAUUGCUGUUGCAGCUGGUGUCAAAAGUGCUGAUGCCUUUUAUGCGCGAACCACUGUUCCCCAGUCCGCGAUUCUUAAUUGUCCUCGCUUCUUAUUCCCUGGACAUCACCUAGGAUAUGAAGUGGAACCGGCUAUCUUUGCUUCGGAGCUGGUCAGGGCUUUUGAAAAAAUGACAACGGCCCUACCCCGUAUCUAA